AUGGAAUAUAGAUUAGUUCUCAACAAUCGCACUGAUGUUGAAAUAACGAAUAAUGAUAUGAGCGGUAAAUUCCAUCAACAAUUGAAAUAUUAUAAGUAUCGUCGUGUUCCAUCAAAGAAUGGGAAAGCAAUUUUCUACCUUUUCUUUCGAAAAGAGGAAGAAACAUAUGCUGCUCGAAGAGCAGCAAAAUCAAUAAAAGAAAUAUCACUUGUUAGAUAUUAUCCAUCUAAUCAUAUUAAUUCAGAAUCUACAUUUCGACCAUUUCCACCACAACAGAUUAUUGAUAUCUGUCGCUAUGCAUUUAGAAAUCGUCUUGAUAAUUUUUAUCAUGUGAUGAAUGGAUCAAUAUCCAUUAUAUUACCCAUGUCAACAAUAAACCUUCAAUUUCCUGUUGCUCAUCAACAAAAUAAUCAAUUCAAUAUUCCAUGUGUUCAUUGUGGACAAUACAAUCUAUUACAAACAAAUGAUAAGAAAGAAGAAAAGGAAGAUGUGAUUGAAAUUAAGAACGAUGUGAUUGAAAUCAAGGAUGAUGUGAUGCAUAUUAAAGAAGAAAAACCUGAUAUUAAAGAAGAAAAACUUAAUUUUGAUUUUGAAAUGGAUGAAUAUAUCUUGCAUAAAGAUCCAAAGCUUUAUACAAAUAUGUUUUCGCCUAUUUCAAUUGCAGAAUCGGAAGAUGUAGAAAAUAAACAAUCAUCUCUUUCCGAAGACCAGGACGAAAAUCUUGAUGUUAUUUUAAAAAAAUACUUCAAUGAUAUUUCUGAACUCGUGGAAUAUUUAAAAGAAGAUAUUAUAUUCAACAAUUAG